AUGCAGCUCCUGACUGCUGCGAGUUCGCUAGCUUCGAGCCUGGUGCUGGUGCAGGCCGCACCGCUCAACAUCUACAACCAAUGUGGGGAGAGCAUCGAGCUCUACGACAACUCGGCGACCCAGACCAUCGCAUCGGGUGGUAAAACGACUCGCACGCUCUCUUCGGGCUUCAAUGGCAUGUUCCGCGACGGGGUCGGCUCUCAAGCUACGCUGGCCGAGUUUUCCAUCACGGGUGGAUUUAUCUGGUACGACAUCAGCAUUAUCCCGACGGGGUCGACUGGGCCAGGUAAUUGUGCGUCGCUGGACGAGUGCAAGGCGGUGACCGGCGGCACGGGUUUCAACACCCCCAUGCAGAUCGCGCCGUCCGGAUGCACCACCGUCACUUGUCUUGCAGACGGGUGUGCUGACGCCUACCAGUAUCCAAGUGACGACGGCAAGACCCACUCGUGUGUUGACACGGCCAGUAUCACCCUGACCUUCUGCCCUGGUGGAAGC